GACGGACGGACGGUGGAGGUAUAAGAGAGCUGAACUGUGAGUGUCUUCACACCAUGAUGAAGACUCUGGGUCUCCUGCUGCUGCUUCAGGUGGCAUACGUCUUUGGAUGUGCUGCCCCUGCUGUGACGCCUCUGACCAACAGGGUGGUGAAUGGAGAAGAUGCUCGCCCCCAUAGCUGGCCAUGGCAGAUCUCCCUGCAGGUGAAGCACGGCAGCCGCUUCCAUCACACUUGCGGGGGGACUCUGGUUGGACCUCGCUGGGUGCUGACGGCUGGACACUGCAUCGGGCCCGGAGACGUGUACCGUGUGGUCCUGGGAGAACACGACAUGAGCCAGCAGGAGGGAACUGAGCAGAUCAGAGAUAUUCUACGUAUCAUCGUCCAUCCCAAGUGGGACAUUGACUUUGUGGCUGAUGGAAACGAUCUUGCCCUGCUGAAGCUGGAUAAGAGCCCCAUCAUGACUGACAGCAUCGGCAUUGCUUGUCUCCCGGAGUCCGGAGAGAUCCUCCCUCAUGGAGCAUCGUGUUACAUCACCGGCUGGGGAAACCUUUACACCCACGGCCCGAUGCCCGAUAAGCUGCAGCAGGCCUUUCUGCCGGUGGUGGAGCACGCCGUGUGCAGCCGCAGCGACUUUUGGGGCAUCAACGUGAAGAGCACCAUGGUCUGUGCCGGAGGAGACGCCGUGUCCGGAUGCAACGGAGACUCCGGCGGUCCUCUGAACUGCGUCGGUCCGGACGGGCGGUGGUACGUUCACGGCGUCACCAGCUUCGUCUCCUCUCGAGUCUGCAACGAGGUGAAGAAACCCACCGUCUUCACCAGAACCUCCGCCUUCAGCGAUUGGCUCAGCGACGUCAUGCUGGCAUACUGAGGAAGUCCUGGACUCCAGUGGAUCAAUAAUUAAUCCCAAUAUUUGCUCUGUUCAUCGUUUCACAUCAGAGUCACACUCUGAACAAAUACAAUAUAGUACAAUAAACGUUUGUCUUUUAUCAGCA